GUUAUCAGUUCUAUAGCAGCAAACUCAAGAUUCCAUUAAUGAAUUUCAGACCUAGAAAUCACCAACCAUGUCAGCAGACCCAGACGAGUACUCGUAUCCAGGGACAACACAAUAUCAAAUUCAAUUCAAGUAUUGGCAAUUUGUCGAACCCAAUCCUUUUUCAAGUGAAACAAUGGACGAUGUUUUCCGGAUUUACAGUGAAAGCUUUUGAAGACAAGACACAGACACGAACCAUAGGUAUGUUCGACGUGUUUCCUUAUCUGAGUAAAGCCGACACUAGUCAAAGUACCGCAAGGUUACACGAGAAAAGAUCCGUACAGGACCAUAGGACGCACGCAUCCCUGCAUGUUAGAUUCCAAGUAUAUGAAUCAAACUGUAGUCCUGACCCCGCCAGUAACAAAGUGUGUGACUCGAACGGACACCUGAUGUGUGCCCCACAUUAUUAUGGUCUGCAAUGUAAUAAGAGGUGUAUACCAACACAGAACGGAUAUUGUGACAACAGCGGCAAUCUGGUCUGUAACUCAUCAUAUUACGGACUACAUUGUGACAAACAGUGUAUCACUCCGCCUUCUCAUGGACGUUGUGAUUCUAACGGGACGUUAAGAUGUGACCCGUCUUACUACGGACUACAUUGUGACAAACAGUGUAUCACUCCGCCUUCUCAUGGACAUUGUGAGUCUAACGGGACAUUAAGAUGUGACCCGUCUUACUACGGACUACAUUGUGACAAACAAUGUGUCACUCCGCCUUCUCAUGGACAUUGUGAUUCUAACGGAACGUUAAGAUGUGACACGUCUUACUACGGACUACAUUGUGACAAACAGUGUAUUACUCCGCCUUCUCAUGGACAUUGUGAGUCUAACGGGACGUUAAGAUGUGACACGUCUUACUACGGACUACAUUGUGACAAACAGUGUAUCACUCCGCCUUCUCAUGGGCAUUGUGAUUCUAACGGGACGUUAAGAUGUGACACGUCCUACUACGGACUACAUUGUGACAAACAGUGUAUCACUCCGCCUUCUCAUGGACAUUGUGAUUCUUACGGGACGUUAAGAUGUGACCCGUCUUACUAUGGACUACAUUGUGACAAACAGUGUAUCACUCCGCCUUCUCAUGGACAUUGUGAUUCUAACGGGACGUUAAGAUGUGACACGUCUUACUACGGACUACAUUGUGACAAACAGUGUAUCACUCCGCCUUCUCAUGGACGUUGUGAUUCUAACGGGACGUUAAGAUGUGAACCGUCUUACUACGGACUACAUUGUGACAAACAGUGUAUCACUCCGCCUUCUCAUGGACAUUGUGAUUCUAACGGGACGUUAAGAUGUGCCACGUCUUACUAUGGACUACAUUGUGACAAACAGUGUAUCACUCCGCCUUCUCAUGGACAUUGUGAUUCUAACGGGACGUUAAGAUGUGACCCGUCUUACUACGGACUACAUUGUGACAAACAAUGUGUCACUCCGCCUUCUCAUGGACAUUGUGAUUCUAACGGGACGUUAAGAUGUGACACGUCUUACUACGGACUACAUUGUGACAAACAGUGUAUCACUCCGCCUUCUCAUGGACAUUGUGAUUCUAACGGGACGUUAAGAUGUGACCCGUCUUACUACGGACUACAUUGUGACAAACAGUGUAUCACUCCGCCUUCUCAUGGACAUUGUGAUUCUAACGGAACGUUAAGAUGUGACACGUCUUACUACGGACUACAUUGUGACAAACAGUGUAUCACUCCGCCUUCUCAUGGACAUUGUGAUUCUAACGGAACGUUAAGAUGUGACCCGUCUUACUACGGACUACAUUGUGACAAACAGUGUAUCACUCCGCCUUCUCAUGGACAUUGUGAUUCUAACGGGACGUUAAGAUGUGACCCGUCUUACUACGGACUACAUUGUGACAAACAAUGUGUUACUCCGCCUUCUCAUGGACAUUGUGAUUCUAACGGAACGUUAAGAUGUGACAUGUCUUACUAUGGACUACAUUGUGACAAACAGUGUAUCACUCCGCCUUCUCAUGGACAUUGUGAUUCUAACGGAACGUUAAGAUGUGACCCGUCUUACUACGGACUACAUUGUGACAAACAGUGUAUCACUCCGCCUUCUCAUGGACAUUGUGAUUCUAACGGGACGUUAAGAUGUGACAAGUCUUACUACGGAAUACAUUGUGACAAACAAUGUGUUACUCCGCCUUCUCAUGGACAUUGUGAUUCUAACGGAACGUUAAGAUGUGACACGUCUUACUACGGACUACAUUGUGACAAACAAUGUGUUACUCCGCCUUCUCAUGGACAUUGCGAUUCUAACGGAACGUUAAGAUGUGACCCGUCUUACUACGGACUACAUUGUGACAAACAGUGUAUCACUCCGCCUUCUCAUGGACAUUGUGAUUCUAACGGGACGUUAAGAUGUGACCCGUCUUACUACGGACUACAUUGUGACAAACAAUGUAUCACUCCGCCUUCCAAUGGACAUUGUGAUAGUAAUGGAACUCUGCAUUGUGAUCCCCUGUUUAAAGGCUUGAACUGUAACCAAAGCGCUUCAGCAACACUCCCGCAGGUAGGUCAUUCUAAUAGAGUAGCGUUACAAAAAUGA